UUAGAAUCCUAAAAAAUAUAUUGGACGAUAAGUCAUAACUCAUAACUCAUAAAUAUAAACGCGGCCCCUAGUCUUUGCCUGAUGCCGCAUUAAUUUUAGCUCUUUUUCACUCCCGAUAAAUAAAUUAAACGGAAAUUACAUUUCACCCCCAAAAUUAGCAUAUAAAAUCCCACCCACCAAUCCCCUACUUUUCCAAAUCCACCUCAAAAUUCUCCAAAAAUGUCGAAACUUAUCCUCGCUCUCCUUCCCCUUUCAGCCACUCUCCUCUUACUCGCACUUGUUUCUUUCAAUUCCCGCCCCACAUUCCUCGAAAAUUCCCCAAAGCCCCCAAUCAAAAUCCACGCGCUCGAGCACGCGCAGCUCGCCGCUUCUCACUGCGAGGGCACGCUGUACCCGGAGCAGUGCGUCUCCACCGUCGCCGCCGCUCUCCCGGAGCUCCGCCGCAAGACGCUACCUGAGGUCAUAUCUGCCACCGUCAACGCCACCGUGCGCGAGGUCCACGCGUCCGCCGACAACUGCAGCAGCAUCCGCCGCAAGCUCCUCCGGCGGCUGGACGCGCGCGAGCUGCACGCCCUCGACGACUGCCUCGAGCUGUUCUCCGACACGGUGGCGGAGCUCAACCACAUCCUCGCCGAGCUAUCGUCGCCGUCGGCUUCGCCGGAGGACUUCUACGACGACCUGCAGACGCUCCUCAGCGGCGCCAUGACCAACCAGGCCACGUGCCUCGACGGCUUCGCGUACAGCGUGAACAACACGCGCCGCCUCAUCGAGGGCAGGCUGAAGAGGAUUACGCGCCACGUCAGCAACGCACUCGCCAUGGUGAGAAAAUUGAAGAGGAAGAGCAGUAAGCGGAAGCCGAAAAUUCCGGCGGCGAGUGGCGGGUUUCCGGCGUGGCUGAGGAGGUCGGAUCGGAGGCUGCUGCAGGCGGCGACUAACCAGACGGCGCCGAAUCUUGUGGUGGCAAAGGAUGGCAGCGGGAACUUCACCACCAUCGGCGAGGCACUUGCAGCGGCGCCAAAUAACAGCGACUCGCGAUUCGUGAUUUACAUAAAAUCGGGGGCGUAUUACGAAUAUAUUGAAGUGGAUAGGCGAAAGAGGAAUAUCAUGUUUUUGGGGGACGGUAUUGGAAAAACGCUGAUUAAAGGGAACCGGAGCGUGGUGGACGGCUGGACCACCUUCCGAUCUGCGACUGUUGCUGUGGUCGGGAAUGGGUUCAUCGCCAGAGGCAUCACGUUCGAGAACUACGCGGGCCCCGCCAAGCACCAGGCUGUGGCCCUCCGUUCGAGCGCCGACUUCUCGACCUUCUACCAGUGCAGCUUCGUGGCUUAUCAGGACACACUGUACGUCCACUCCCUCCGACAAUUCUACCGCGAGUGCGACGUUUACGGCACGGUCGACUUCAUCUUCGGCAACGCUGCCGUCGUUUUCCAGUCGAGCAACCUCUACGCGCGUCGGCCCCUCGACAACCAACAAAACAUCUUCACGGCCCAGGGCCGUGAGGACCCGAACCAGAACACCGGCAUUUCGAUCCUCGGCUGCAAGGUGGCGGCAGCCGCCGAUCUCCUCCCCGUGUUAUCUCGGUUUCGGACUUAUCUCGGCCGGCCGUGGAAAAGGUAUUCUCGAACGGUUUUCAUGCUUUCUAAGAUGGAGGAAGUCGUGAACCCGAGAGGGUGGCUCGAGUGGGACGGGGACUUCGCGCUCGACACAUUGUACUAUGGGGAGUAUAGGAACCGUGGGCCCGGGGCGAACACGAGCGCGAGGGUGACGUGGCCGGGAUAUCGGGUGAUCAAUAGCUCCCAAGAGGCCGGGCAGUUUACGGUCGACGGUUUUAUUCAGGGGAGCGAGUGGUUGCCGGUGGCCGGUGUGCCGUUUUACCCUAAUUUGACAGCCACAUGA